AUGACCGUCUACCUAGGACAGCCGCUCAGCGAGUCCAUCGCCGAGCACAUCGGUGCUACCCCCUUGGUGACCCUCAAUCGCUUACCAGCUUCAUUGGGUAUAAAGGCAAAAGUAUGCGCAAAGCUCGAGUACUUAAACGCGGGCGGGUCGGUCAAGGAUCGAAUUGCUAGGCGUAUGGUAGAGCAGGCGGAGAGAGACGGGUUGAUCAAACCGGGUGACACACUGAUUGAAGCGUCUAGCGGGAAUACAUGUAUCGUCACGCUAUCGGAGAAGAUGUCGCUGGAAAAAGAACAGAUUCUCCACGACCUAGGUACCCAGGUGGUGCGGACGCCCACUGGUGUCCCGAUCGAAUCCCCAGACUCGAUCCUAAGCGUCGCUCGACGCUUCAACCAAGAUAUUCCCAAUUCUUACAUUUUAGACCAAUACAACAACGCGGAGAAUCCCCUUGCUCACGAGCUCGGGACGGCGCAGGAAAUUUGGCAUCAGACGCAAGGCAAAGUGGACGUUGUACUGGCGGGAGCAGGAACGGGAGGCACAGUCACUAGUUUAGCUAGAGGACUGAAGUAG